ACCGACCCUAGCCUCGCCUCCCUCCACGAUCCUCGGGACCCUUGCAUACCGCACCCCCAUCUCUGUCCUCUCUUGCUAAAGGGGUUCAGCCUUUCAGCAUCCCCCCAGGCUCUGUGGCCCUCAACCAUGAGCUCUUUCCAUGAAUAGGGUAACGCGUGUGCCCCGGUCAUUGCCUGCCACCAAGACUGCCCCACCCCUGUCUUUACCCUUUGCCCUCUAAAUGAGGAAGCCAGCGCUGCCAGGCCAAGAACUUCUGCCCAAUUUGGGUCUUGGGUGGCCUCUGGCCUCCCUCUUCCCCGGGGCCCCUGGCCAACUCCUCCCUCCCCUCAGGGAUGCUCGCCGCUCACUUCAUUCCUGCUUCAUAGUUGGAAUGACAGUGGCUCCCAGCAUCCCUGGGUGCCGGGGGUCUGGGGAGGCCGCCAGGCCCAGCAGCAGGUUAGUGUUACAGCCCUGGAUGAGUGAGCCAGGCCAGCUGACGUCAGGGUGAUGAAGGGCGGCGGGGCGGGCCAGGCUGCUGAACUAUAAAGAUAGGUCAAAUCAAGCAGAACCAACUCGGGUCGGAGUGAGCGGGCCAGCUAGACCGCGUCCCCAAGCCAUGGUCCGUACCGGCCGCGGCUCAGCCCGGGUCCCUCUGCUCCAGACCCGAGUGCCCAGAGCAGGCUUUCGUUUCAUGUCAGCAGUCUUCAACUGCCUUCCAAAAAUAAGCCCCUGCCGCCAUGCGGAGGGGAGGAAAACAAGAAGGGCGGUAUUUUUAGGGCCAUUAAUUCCGACCACGUGCCUGAGAGGCAAGGUGGAUGGCCCUGGGACAGAGGCAGCUCAUCACUAUGUCCCAGGGAGCAGGACGUCUGCAGGGCACGCUACGGGCUCUCGUCUUCCUCGGCGUCCUCGUGGGCAUGGUGGUGCCCUCCCCUGCGGGCUCCCGCGCCAACAGCACGCUGCUGGCUUCGAGGGGCUGGGGCACCCUGCUGUCCAGGUCUCGGGCUGGGCUGGCUGGAGAGGUUGCUGGCGUGAACUGGGAAAGCGGCUAUUUGGUGGGCAUCAAGCGGCAGCGGAGGCUCUACUGCAACGUGGGCAUCGGCUUCCACCUCCAGGUGCCCCCCGACGGCCGGAUCAGCGGCACCCACGAGGAGAACCCCUACAGCCUGCUGGAGAUUUCCACAGUGGAGCGAGGCGUGGUGAGUCUCUUUGGGGUGAAAAGUGCCCUCUUCGUUGCCAUGAACAGUAAAGGAAGAUUAUACACCACGCCCAGCUUCCAAGAGGAGUGCAAAUUCAGAGAGACCCUCCUGCCCAACAAUUACAACGCCUACGAGUCAGACGUGUACCGAGGCACCUACAUCGCGCUGAGCAAAUACGGACGGGUGAAGCGGGGCAGCAAGGUGUCCCCGAUCAUGACCGUCACUCACUUCCUCCCCAGGAUAUAAGGACCCUGAAGGAAGGCUCACAGGUGGAAAGCAAUGUCUUUUCUGUUGGAAUUUUGCACAAGUGAACAAUUCCCCCCUCCCCCCAUGCCCCCCCUAUUCGGGCUCCUUUUAUGCUUGGGGGGACCUGAGUCGGUUCCCUUGGCCACCGGACCCCAUGACACGUG